UCACGCCCUCUCCUCUCUAUUUCUCCCCUCUCCUUCUCUUCUCAAGAGCAGCAGUCCUCUCUCCUCCACUUCGUUUGUUUUUUUCCCCUGCUCCUCCACUUCUCAAGAGCAGCAGCCACCACGGCAGCCUUUAUUUUUCCUCUUUCCUUGCUCUCCUCACAUCUCGUCAGCAUCCGCCGGAGCCUGCAGGAGCUAGCCGAGGCCACCAGGGAAGAGGGAAGAGGGAAGAGGGAAGAGGUGCUUCUUCCUUUCCUUUCAUGCACCGUCCCAGCAGUUUUCUUCAUUUUUGUUUGACUCAUCCGUAACAAAAGGUCUCUUGUUACAGUGACCAUCACUCCUUUCAUUUCCUCUUCGCUGUCGUCUGUUUAGAUAUUUGCACAAAAUCCAAACAAGUUCUCUGCUCUAUCUACUCCACGGACGUUGCCUGAGCUAGUUAGACAUAUAUGGCCACUGAUCAGCCGCAAAUCACCCUCAGAGUCUUUGUGAACAAGACCAAGAACUGCGUAGCUUUUGUCGAAUCGGACUUGGAUUUCGUGGAUGUUCUCCUCAGCUUCCUCACGCUGCCUGUUGGCACCGUCGUCCGUCUUCUCAACAAGCAGUCCUCCUUGGGUUGCUUCGAUAAGCUUUACCAAAGCGUUGAACAGCUGGAUGAGAAGUACCUGGUGACGGCAGCGUGCAGAUCGAUGUUGACCAACCCAGUGAAUUCAUCUGGUGUGCGAUGCCAGAAACUUAGGAUUAAUAUCGAUGAAAUGGGAGAAUUAUAUAAAUGCCCUUCCGCUAACUGCCGUCAUCGUCUUACCUACAGCUAUUAUUCAGGCCUCAAAUGCCAGUGUGGUCGUUACAUGAAUGAGGCAAUUAGUAAUGAUCUGAAUCGAGAUGAUGUUAAUUAUGAAGAAUUACAUGGCGUAUUCAUCCAAGGGGAUAAAUUUGUUGUUACAGAUUCUCUUUGUAUAGCUUUCGUCGAGGACCUCAUCUCGACUUUAAACGAGUGUGGUAAUGGUGAUCGUAACCAGAUGGAAGAGAGAUUGGUAAAGAUUGAACGAGAACAGGUUUUACAUAUUCUUAAAAGGUCCCUCAUAUCCAACACUCCGCUAACUGAUGUUUUAUUGCACAAUGGAGAAGACAUGACGACGCCCAAGGUUUCAGUCCCUUCCAUUGAAAAAACAGUUGAAAGAAAGGCGUUUGAUGAGGAGAAGAAGAUCUACAAACUCAACAUGGUCCUUACUCGUAACAAGGUGUUGUAUGCUGUGGCGAGUCAGGAGUUCGUUGAUUUAAUUUUCAGUUUUCUCACAUUUCCAUUGGGUUCUCUGAAGAGGCACUUGGGCAGUCGAUUCCGGAUUGGAUGUCUGGAUAACUUGUAUGGUAGUGCAGAGCGUUUGCGGUCAUCAGGUUACUUGGUUGCAGGCUGCGAAGAGAGACUGCUUAAUCCUAAGCUUGCGCCAUAUUUCAACUGCAAGAAUCAAAUCAUUGGAGUGGGGGAGGCAGAGCGAGAUAUCUACCAUGCAUGUUCCGUCUGCUACUGCAAACUAAGCGACACGAGUUUCUACUGCAAAUCAUGUUGCAGAUAUUCAACUUGGGCAGAACUUAUAGACCCCAAAAGUCAACCCAGAGGAAUAAUUUCUUCAUCUGGAAGUUAUUGUCAGAAAUUAAUAACGUACAUGGUGACCGACGAACUCGUAGUCACCCCACUAUCCCUCACAGAUGCCAGGUCAUAUCACUACGAAAUCUCUGAUCCAAUAAAGAUGGCAGAGUUGGGCGUAGCUGAAGAAGAGGUUCUUGAUUUUCUUGCUGUUGCUUUGGCGUCCAACACAGCGCUAACAGACGCCUUCUUAGCAAGGACUGUUGGUGUGUUCACUUCGGUGGACGUGAAGGGUGAAUGAUCCAUGAGAAGGAGAACAGAGGAUGGAAGGAGAGGGUUGGUAGACGGUAGUAGAGGAAAUUAAGAAACUGAUCAAUAAGUUAUCGUUACAUUUUGUCAGUUGUGCUCUCGUUUAAUUUCAUAUCGGAAGAAUUAUCGUUUUAGUUUAA